AUGCAUUGUGGGAAUGACACAGUUUAUGAGGGAGGAAAAUGGCUUCCGAAAGGGUUUCUGUGUGAGGGAUAACUGUUACUGCCCUCUCUGGGAAGGACACCGGAGCCCCUCAGUAUGAUUCUCAACGAUUCUUGUCACAUAAACUUGAGAUGAGAGAGAUGUACAUUUUCAUGACAUAUCUAAACGGAAAGAUUAGGAUUUUAUGUUGCAGAAAAUAUGGAUAAACGUAGGCGGAUCUCUGUGGAGUGUGUGUUUUACCUAGAAUUAUAACAACAGUUUGUGUAUGAUCUUUCCCUGUGGUGGUGGUUAGUAGGAAUUUUUACUUUUUAAAAGAGAGAAGAUAUUUAAAAAAGGAUUAGAAAACCAAAAGAGCCAUUUCAUUCGGAUAUUUUCCCCUUAAAUUUAUCGUGUGUAGAGUUCUUCAUAAUAUAAAGCAUUCAAAAUGAUGUGUGACGUGAUGCCAACGAUUUCGGAAGAUGGGUCGAAUGACCGGGAAGCUCAGGGUGCUCAAGAUGAUGCUAAUUUCGAACAGCUUAUGGUUAACAUGUUGGACGAGCGCGACAAGUUGAUGGAAACCUUACGUGAGACCCAAGAAGCUUACAGUCUAGGCCAAGCAAAACUAGGUGAAGUUGAAAGAGAAAGGGACGCAUUUCAAAAACAGUUGCAAGCCACCACCCCUCAGGAAUUUGCUACUAUAACUAAAGAAUUGAGUGCUGCUCGAGAACAGCUAUUAGAAAGGGAGGAAGAAAUAUCAGAAUUGAAAGCAGAACGAAAUAACACUAGAUUACUGCUGGAGCACCUGGAGUGCCUUGUUGCUCGACACGAACGUUCACUCAGAAUGACGGUUGUGAAACGGCAGGCUUCGUCCCCAGGUGGAGUUUCUAGUGAGGUGGAAGUUCUUAAGGCACUAAAGUCCCUUUUUGAACAUCAUAAAGCACUUGAUGAGAAGGUCCGGGAACGACUACGGGUAUCUUUGGAACGAGUUGCAGUAUUAGAAGAAGAAUUAUCUAAUGCUAAUCAAGAACUGUUCACACUGCGGGAGCAGCAAGCAAAGUCCAGGCAUUCAAGUGGGAGCACUGAAGAUGGUAAACUCCUUAAGGGAACCUCCUCGGAGGGUACACAAGAUGGUGAUAAUAAAGAUCUUCAUCCUAAGAGGCUAUCAAAUGGAUCAAUAGACCCAGAUUCUGAUGUUAACCGUGUGAUAGAGCUUCAGGAAACAGUAGAAAAACAGAACUCAGAAUUAACUUCUACUAGGACAAACAUUUUAGAAUUAACAAACAAAUGUACAGAAUUGGAAGAAUCUCUAACGUCUACUCAGAAAGAUUUAAUAAAGUCUCAAGAACAAUUAGUUAAACUUCAAAGAGAUCUUCGAGAGUCUGUUGCACAAAAAGAAGAUCAAGAAGAAAGAAUAGCAACUUUAGAAAAACGGUAUAUUAAUGCUCAGAGGGAGUCCACGUCUUUACAUGACUUGAAUGAUAAAUUAGAAAAUGAACUCGCCUCAAAAGAAUCGCAGUUAAAGGCUAGUGAAGAAAAAAUAAGAGUUAUUCAAGAAAAAUUAGAGUUGUCAGAACAGAAACUGCAGCAAUCGUUACGUAAGGCAGAAGCUCUACCAACAGUAGAGGCUGAACUCGCACAGCGAAUGGAAGCUCUUAAUCAGAAUGCUAGAGGAUCUCAGGCCGAGCAGCAACAUGGAAAUGCCCAAGAAAAAUUAUUAUCACUGGAACAAAGUCUCACUGACCAAACUAAUGAAUUACAAAGAGCACGUCAGAGAGAGAAAAUGAAUGAGGACCACAAUGCACGUCUUUCUGCCACAGUUGAUAAACUGCUGACGGAAUCAAGUGAGCGUUUGCAGCUCCAUCUUAAAGAACGAAUGCAAGCUCUAGAAGAAAAGAAUCAACUAACACAGGAGUUAGAACGUACCAGAAAGUUGCUUGAUGAAACUCAAAGUGAAAAGGAAAGAACUUACGAUGAUUUAUCUAGAGCAAAGAAAGAGCUAGAAGUCAUGAGAGUUCAACUUGAUCAACUCUCAAGGGCAGCCAUUGGCAGUCAAUAUCCUCCUAUGCCCCCAAAUGUUGUAAUUCAGGGAACCGGGGAGGACACUGUCUCUCGGAGGCAACAGCGUGGAAGGGAGCAGGCCCUUGUAGAGGAUCCCACUAAGGUGAACACACUGAAUGAACAGGAGUGGGAGAAAAUACAACAAGCACAUGUGUUGGCUAAUGUUCAACAAGCUUUUGAUACCAGUGACACUGAAGGGACCGACGACACAGAGUCCAUAUUUGGCGCUGUUGACUUACUUUCACCCUCUGGCCAUACAGAUGCACAAACAUUGGCCUUGAUGAUCCAAGAACAGCUGGAUGCAAUCAAUAAUGAAAUUAGAUUGAUACAAGAGGAGAAAGAAAGUACCGAACAGCGAGCAGAAGAACUGGAAAGCAGGGUAGGGAGUGGAAGUCUUGAUGCAAUAGCCAACAGAUGGCGCUCGGGUUAUGAGCGAUCGUCUCCACCACUUAGCGGGCGAUCAACGCCUACUCCAAGAUCAUAUCAGUCCAGAGAUUAUCUUCAAAAAUAUCAUACAGCACCUGCAGGUAUGUCUGCAGCACAUAUGCACACCUACUCGUCCUCUAGUCCACAGCUAGCUACAGGGACCGACUCCUCUGCAUCACAGCCUGCCGUUCAAUACAGUCGUGACGACAGUGCGAUUCCAGAAGAAGGUCAUCAAAUUAAAUGUGAAUCAAGUCCACCAACUCCUCGUUCAAUACGGUUAGAAAGGGUGGCAGCAGCUUUAGCGCAUAGUGACGAGAGAUAUGGACUGGAUCAGAACACAGUAAUAAGAAUCUCUUCAGAGAUGUCAAAUAAGUUGAGGAGGGCCGUAAUGAUAGACAGUGCGCAUAGCUCCCCAAGUCCUCUAAGCAGUGCCAAUAGCAGCCAAGACUCCUUGCACAAACACCAAAAGAAACGUGGUAUAAAAAGUUCCAUAGGCAGACUUUUCAGUAAAAAAGAAAAACAGAAGACCAAAGAUGCAAUGAUUAGAGGUGAAAAUAUGGCCACUGGUGGCCAAUAUGGAGAUGGUUUGGAAGCAGGUUCAUCAGAUACACUUGCGUUGGGCUUAGGGCAAUCUGAAUUUGAUAGAAGAAAGAAAAAGAAGCAUGAAUUAUUGGAAGAAGCAAUGAAAGCUGGCACGCCAUUUGCAUUGUGGAAUGGUCCGACAGUAGUCGCUUGGCUUGAGUUGUGGGUUGGAAUGCCCGCAUGGUAUGUAGCUGCAUGUCGAGCUAAUGUUAAAAGCGGCGCCAUUAUGUCAGCUUUGUCGGAUCAAGAAAUCCAAAGAGAAAUUGGUAUCAGCAACCCUCUCCAUCGCCUUAAGUUACGUCUAGCCAUCCAGGAGAUGGUUAGCCUUACAAGCCCAUCAGCACCAAAGCCAUCACAAACGCCUUUGGCAUUUGGUGAUAUGAACCAUGAAUGGAUAGGCAAUGAAUGGUUGCCAAGUCUGGGUCUGCCACAGUACAGGAGCACGUUUAUGGAAUGCCUAGUGGAUGCACGGAUGCUAGAUCAUUUGACGAAAAAAGAUUUACGUGGUCAGCUAAAAAUGGUAGAUAGCUUCCACAGAACAAGCUUACAAUAUGGAAUAAAUAGUUUGAAAAAAAUAAAUUAUGAUAGAAAAGAAUUAGAAAGACGCCGAGAAGAGAGUUCGUCUGAAAUGAAAGAUGUACUUGUCUGGACAAAUGAACGAGUCAUUAAAUGGGUUCAGUCCAUUGGGUUGAAGGAAUUCGCAAAUAACUUAUUUGAAUCUGGAGUCCAUGGAGCUCUGGUAGCGCUGGAUGAAAGUUUUGACCAUAACAGUAUGGCAUUAGCUCUACAAAUCCCCACUCAAAAUACACAAACCCGACAAUUAUUAGAACGUGAAUUUAAUAAUAUGCUUGCUUUAGGGACUGAGCGCCGCUUGGAUGAGGGCGAAGGUGGGAAAUUCAGACGUGCUCCAUCUUGGCGUAAAAAAUUCAAAACUAAGGAUACAAAAGGCCGUGAAGGUUCCACAGAAGAAACUGUUGAGUCGGCAACACCAGCAUCAACAAGCACCACUACGACAACAACAACUACUACUACUACAACAACAACAGGGGAAUCAUUUGCAGGACAGCAACAGUCACCCCAGCGGACCCGGCGAGGACCUGAUCCUUCGUCAUUGUCUCGCCGGACCACAGAAAAUAUGCGCAACUACUGAUCAUAUCUAUGUGUACUUAUUACGGUUUAUUCAUGCUAGGUUUUUAGACAGUAGCCGAUCUGCAUGCAGGGUCACAGACUGUCUUUUUUCCAACCUGAAACUGCUGUGUCCAAUGUGGUGGUGAUGGCCUACAUGUUGGUGAAAAGAAAACAUGCACCCACUUUUAAUCCUGCUGUCAACAGCAAGUUGACCUCUGGUCAGUCUGUGGGUAAUAAUCAGGGCAGUGCCUAUAAAACCCCAUAUCUUUGCCAUACUGGCAUCUCACCCUCCAACCAACACUGCUUCAAGUCAAAAUUGCUGGGACUGUUCCAAAACUGAUUGAUCAAACAACAACAACAACAACUUCUCUCAUUUCUGGAAGCAGUCAACAAAUAAUACCAACAUCUUUUUUUUUUCCCCUUUUUUUUUCUCUCCUCCCGUUGUGCCACAUCACUAAUUCCAGGGUCCGAUAAGGCAGUAAGGUCCGUCUGCUAAGUGACCCAUUUCGCUAGUUGAGCUAGUGCAAUUUUGAUUUGUCCCAUUUUUUCUAUAUUGCAACGUGGAUGUGCUGUGAUGUACGUACUUAUAUGAGCAACUGUAUAAAAAAUAAUAAAUAAAUGGAAAAAUAAAAUAAAAAAGAAAAAGAAACAUGACCAUCAUGCACUUAAGCAUCCAUGCAUGUUUGUAUGCAUUCACAUGUAUCUGUACAUACAUGCAUGUUUGCCUGUGCAAAGGAGGUUGUACGAAUGUGUGGAUGUAUGCAUGCUCUAACUAUCGUACGUGACAGCAGGUGUUGUCGUCCAUAUUUAAUGGAGAAAAUCUUUUUUUUUUUUUUUUUCCAAAAAAAUUUUUCCAUUUCAUUUCAUUUGUCUUGAAAGAAAUCUCUUGCAUUCAAAGAAAACAAAAAAAAAAUACUCAUAUAGCUGUCCGUCUAUUUGUCUGUUAAUAGUGGGCCGACCUCGUCAACUGUGUUGACAUCCAAGCAGCCCGCUUCUCAUAUACCGCCUCAUUGCUUCUGCACAUUGUGUGAGGAGCUCGUGUUACUAGUAUUUGCAAAUUUGCGUGAUAAAAAAAAAAAAGAAAAAGAGAGAGAUAAAUAUAACAAGCAAACAAACAAAAAUGGUUAUAUCACAACUAUUCCAUGAAAUAAAACUGGAAAAAUAAAAGAAGAAAAAGAACUACAAAAUAAUAAUGAUGAUAAUAAUAAUAUUUAAAAAAGAACAAAAGAACUUUUCAGACAGUUGAAUUGGAAUGGGGGUAUGUAUAGUGUAUUAUAGAGUACUUUUUGAAGGGAUUUGAAACCCAUCAUCAUGUACCUAGCAGAUCCUGAUCGCCAGUUUAUAAUGACAAAAGUAUUAUUAGAUACCUUUUAAAUACUUUAAAAACAUUUCAAAAACAAAAAAAAAAUGAUUUCUUUGAAACAAAAAAAAAAAAAUCCAUCUAGACUUACUUUACUGUAUUAGUUUAGUCACUGCUACAUGUGACUUUGUUGUUUUUUAGCUCUUGUGAAGUAAAUAUGCACUGUUAGAGAAUUGUAAACUAGACUCAUUUCAGCACCGAAAAAAAAAAUGGAAAAAAAAAAUUAAGAAAAAAAACCAUUACAUUUGAAACGUUACUCUUUCAAUAAAUUCAAUCAGUUAUCGACAA